UGACCCCGAUCCCUGCACACUGACCUUGGCCACAAGCCCUACACACUGACCCCGGCCCCUCACACUGACCCCAUCCCCAAGCCGCACACACUGACGCUGAGCUCCGCACACUGACCCCAAGUCCCAUGCACUGACCCCGGCCCUGCACACCGACCCAGGCCCAGGUAUCUCCGCUGUCCGGUCUUUACUUCCAACCUGCCAUGUGUGCUGCGAUGGCUGCCAAUUCGGAGCCACAGCCGGGGCUGUGCCUAAUGGGCCACGGGAUGCCCAUGUCCUUGCGGCCACAGUCAGCCUUCGCCAGGACCCCAUCACGGAAAAGCAGCAGGGAAAUGCUCCGACCCACUUCAAGUUUAGGCAUGACCUAUGCCCAUGAUUUCAAACAGUCCUUUACAAAAUUCGAGCAGGAUCUUGGUCAAAAAGUGCGGGAAAGGAACAGUGAACUGAGGAGAAUUUUCUGUGCCUACGACCUGAAUAAAAAGUUGGCUGUCACCAAAAGCGACUUCCGCAGAGUGAUUGAAGAUUUCCUGUUGCCUCUGAACUGGAGGCAAUUCAACACUCUGCUGGCCAAGCUUCCUAUCAACAGAGAUGGAACGGUUCCUUACAUUAAGUUCCUGGAUCAGCUUUCAAGCUGCGACUCAAAUCCACCGCAUGAUGGAAAAGACAGCACACCUAAUCCCCAUUUGACGUUAACCCAGUUUGAGAGCCGUCUUAAAGAAAAGAUGGCAACGAAUUUAAAAAACAUUAUCAGAACCUUCAGGUUAUUCGAUUACAAUCGGGAUCAGUCCAUUAAACGCUACAGCGUUCGGAAAGUCCUUGAGAGCUUCUGUUUCACAAUGACUGACGCUCAGUUUAACUGGAUUUGCCCUCGAUCUACUUCCCAUUCCGGCGGCAAACAGACAGUGAAUUACCAGGAAUUCCUGGAGAAGAUGGGCUUUGCCUUCGAUCCUCCCUGCAAACCCCCCCUGGAAGGUGUAGGGGAAGUGCUCAAUUGGGAAAUUCCGCUCCAGGAGCAGAAGCAACAGCUGGACACCUGCGAGGCCUUCAUUCAGGAGGAAAAGGCCAACAUGAAGGGGUUAACCAUUAAUGAGCUUGAAACGCAGUUUCGAAAAAAGAUGCGGAGUGACUGCAAGUACCUGUCUCAAGCGUUCCUGUCUUUUGACUCGACAAGAACUGGCUUCAUCCCAUUGGAAGAUUUCAAAUCAAUUUUGAGCAGCUUUGUCUUCCCCAUGAACCACCAGAUCUUCCACACUUUGAUGACCAAGUUCGAUGUUAAAACAACUGGUAAAAUAGAGUGGCAACAAUUUUUGGCUAAGUUUGAAGAUCCGGCGAACACUUACAAGACGUCCCUAGCCACCUCCCCAGCACGCAGAAACACUCCUGUUGGAGGCUCCGGUGGAAACCUCGUGAAUGCGAGCAGUGUUCUCCAGGAGCUGCGGAAAAAUUUCCGGGAGCAACAACCUGGACUGCGGAGAGUACUUGAAGUAUCAGAGAGUGUGGAGGAAAUGCUGAGGGACAAAAUCACAGGAAACUGGAAAGCCGUGCACCAGGCACUACGUGAUGUUGAUUCCAAAGCCACGGGUCUGAUGAGCUUUGAGAACCUGCGAGGUGUCCUGCACACUCACUGCCUCCCCAUCUCUGACCAGCACCUUCAGAAAUUGUGUCAGCAGUUUCAGAUAUCAGAGACCCAGAUUCCGUACAAAGUCUUUUUGGACAAGCUGGGGGUGAAGGUGUCCGUUAGUGAACCCUCCCCUCCAUCUCCAGAAGCCGAGCAUGGGCCAUCACGGGGGGCCUCCAGACAAGCUCCCGGGCCCCCUCAGCUUGCCAAUAAGGAGUUCAGACCCAGUAAAACCAUGAGUGUGAACGAAGCGAUUACUGAGCUGUGGAGCCGCAUCACAAACAAUGAUGUUAUCAUCAGGAAAAGCUUCCUCAGCAACCAGAAACAGUGCAACAGCAAGAUCAACCGGGAGCGCUUCAGGAAGCUGUUGAAAGGCUGUGGAAUCAUUAUGACAGAUGAGCAGUUCACUAUUCUGGCUGAUCGACUGGGCUUUAAGAAUGGAGACAUGAAUUUCUGCGAGUUUUCUGGACUCUUUGAAGAUCGGCGGGCAAAUAAUCCUGGUGCGGUGUUGAAGAGGAUGGGGCAGACUGACCAGAACACAUGUAACCUGCGUUACAUGUCUGCGGAGGAGUGCAUCCAGCAUGUCAUGAAUGAGCUCAGGAAGAACUAUCUGGACCUGCCCUCAGUGUUUUAUAAAUUUGACAGCGACCACGACGGCCUGAUCACCAUGCAGGACCUGCGGGCUUUCCUGGACAGCUACAUGCUGCUCCUCACCAACAAGGAAUACCGACGCUUUCUGGAAAUGAUAGGGCUGGCACCCGAUGCCUUGCUCACAUACACAGACUUCCUCACUGUGUUCGACGUCAAGGCCAAACCCAGAAAAGGCAAUGCCAGUGUCAGCCUGAUGCAGGACGUGCAGAGUACGUUCCUCGCCUGUGAGCAGGCCCACAAUUAUCUGGCCAGCAAGGCACAGACCCGAAUGCAUGACCUCAUCAAGAAUUUCAAGGUAUAUGAUUGCGAGGGAAAUCUCAUUGUCCGCAAGAAGGAUCUGAGGGAUGUGUUGUACCGCUUCUUCCUGCCCAUUUCACCAAAACAAUUCGAGAAGCUGUGGUCCUGGUAUGAUCCAUUUGGUAAAGGUUUUCUUUCUCAUUCCGAUUUCGUGAAGAAACUUGAUGUGGAGUUUGCUUCUCAGCCACCGGAAUUCAAUGACCAGACCAAUUUAGUGCAGAACGUGGAGAAGCCUCAGAAAGUUCAGAGCAGCGGGCUGGAUGUUGGCAAACUGGAACGGCAGCUAAAGGAGAAGUUCAGGGAACACUAUGCAGACUUCUCCAUGGCAUUUGCCAAACUGGAUAAAAACAAGGAUGGUUACAUAGGGGUGAGUGACCUGCUCAGGGUGCUGCUGGAGCAUGGCUACCAGCUGGACGAGGAGCAGCUCAAGGAGCUCUUCUUCAGGUUUGGAAUCACCAUACACAAUAACAGAAUCUCGGCCUGUGCUUUCCUGAGAGCCAUUGAUGACAGCACGGCCAUCAGCCAGUAUCCAGCCAUGAUUCCCGAAAACCUGCAGUCGCUGCCCCCGGAAAAAGUGAUGACAAAACUCAAGGAGGUUGUGACGGCCUCCUACGAUUCGUGGUAUGAGGCAUUUCGAACCUUUGACAAGGAAGGAACAGGAAGAAUGAAGCCCUUGAUUUUCCGUCAGGUGUUAAACAAUUUCUGCUUCAGGCUGACAGACAAGCAGUUCAGCCACCUAAUUUCUACCCUAAAACUGCACCCGUAUUGCACUGUGGAUUGGCUCGACUUCCUGCGGAACUUUAACAUUUAUAGUUACAAGGCCUCAGAAGCGUGGGAGGAGAAAUUGGGGACGCCAAAGUUGGCCCCACAUGUGACCAUCGAUGACAUCUUAACCCGUGUGCGGGAGGUCGUGACUUCUCGUCUCCAUGUCAUCAAUCGGGAGUUUGCUGAGAUUGACUAUGCCAAUCUGAAAGUCGUCUCCAAGCAGCACUUCAAGGAAAUCUUCUGCAAAUAUUUCAUGCAUCUGACUGAGGAGCAGUUUGAAAACCUCUGGAACCUGCUGCCACUGAAUGAUUUUGGCAAUCUGGAGUACCACAAGUUUCUGAAGCAGUUUACAAGCGAGAAGCCGGCAGGUGCAGAGCCCAGGAGUCCCGGCAAACCUGGCAGCAGCUCCCAUGCCGAAGCAGCCACCAGCCGGCCCAGAACCAUUGCUGGGAAGGUGGAGGAGGGGUUUCCGCGGCCAGGCUCCAGCACCAGUUCACAGACCACACUGAGGAACUGCGAGACCAUCGAGCAGAAGCUGAGGAAGCACAUGUACAUGUUCUGGAAGGAGAUCGAGAAGGAAUGUAAACACAAGGACAGUGAGCGUCAGGGACAGAUUGACAUCGCUGACUUCCUGGAGAUCAUGGAAAAAUUCUGCAUUAAAAUCAAACCGGACGAGAUGCAGUGCCUGAUUGACAAGUACCAGGUUCACAGCAAUGGCCGCUUUGGCUACACCGACUUCCUCCAUCACUUUGUCCUGAUGUUGAAGCCACAGGAGACCAGCCUCCUCCACAGAGUGAAGAUCCCGCAGCCUAAAAUUCCACUGAAUCCUGGGGUGCAGCACCUGAUUUUCACCCACUUUAUGAUGCGAAUCCAGGCGCGAGUAACGGAAUGCUGGAAGCUGAUGAGACGAACCUUUAAGAACUAUGAUGACGAUGCCUGUGGCUGUAUUUCCCUUCACAGCUUCAAACAGGUCCUUCAGCAAUACGGCAUCUUCAUGUCUGAGGAGGAAUAUUACCAUCUCUCGACAUAUUACGACAAGGACCUAAAAGGAAUCAUAUCCUACAACGAGUUCCUCCGAGCCUUCCUGAGAUAGCGACACCUGCUCCAGGCUGACACAAUCCUGGCCAUCAUUAACACGGGAGAUUGGGGUGCAGACAGCUCAAGCUCAGUAGACACUUUAAGCGUGUGACCCCCGCUGAAAAGAAAUACACUAUAACCAAUACACGUUUACAAAGUACUGUAAAUGAACCCAAAGACGUGAUAUCCUCACAUCUGGCAUUAUUAAUAAAAGUUACAGAUUGAA